GCAGGUGUCUCAUGUGGCGGUGAAAGCAGAAAAUGUGAUUCUUUUGCACCAAACAAGUUUUGUUUAUUUACGGAAUUUCAAGAAAUGCCGCUCUUGGAAUAUGAAAAAGAAAUAUUUUUGAAUUGCUUCCACGACGAUGGAUUACUUAUUAUGUCACAGGGCCUUGGUCUUGAAAGAAUAUUGAUAAACCUAAUAAAAGUCUACUGUGACCCUGGAAAUCUUGUCUUUGUGCUGAAUAAUAAUAAUGUGGAAGAGGAUUACAUUUGUGAUCGUCUAAAGUCUGAUGGUGUGAAGGAAAUACCUAAAGUCGUAACAAAUGAAUUCACUGCACCAAACAGGCAGAAAAUUUACACAGAAGGAGGUGUGUUGUUUGUGACUUCACGGAUUCUUGUCGUUGACUUUCUCACAGAAAAUAUUCCAGCCAACCUCAUCACAGGCAUUAUCGUCUGUAAAGCUCACAAAAUCUUGGAUUCAUGCCAGGAAGCUUUUAUUCUCAGACUUUACCGACAGAAAAACAAAACUGGUUUUAUCAAGGCCUUUUCUGACCGGCCUUCUGGUUUCACAACUGGUUUUGCCCAUGUUGAAAACGUAAUGAAAAAUCUUUUUCUCAAGAAACUGUUCUUGUGGCCACGGUUCCAUGCUAAUGUUGCAAGCUGCUUGGAUAAACAUAAGAUAGAGGUUGUUGAGCUGCACAUCCAGAUGACGAGUACAAUGGUUGCUUGCCAAACGGCCCUUCUUGAUCUUAUUAAUUCCUGCAUCUCUGAUCUCAAAAGAUAUACCUCUGCCAUUGAUUUUGAUGAGAUAACAGUGGAAAAUGCGAUUGGCAAGUCCUUUGAUAUUAUGAUUCGACAUCAACUGAAUCCUAUUUGGAACCAGCUCAGCAGCAAAGCCAAGCAGAUUGUCUCUGAUCUCAAAACCUUGAGGAUGAUUAGCCAGGAUUUGACCCAAUAUGACUGUGUCACAUUUUUUAGUGUGGUGAAUUCUAUUUGUACAAGUGAGAAAACAUUUGGGGAAAAUUCUGGUUGGCUUUUUCUGGACUCAGCUGAUAGUCUGAUUGUGAACUCAAAGAUGAGGGUUUACAAAACUAACAAAAGCUCUAAAAAGAAGGAAGAUUCUAAACUGAAAGGUGUUGCAUCUGAAAACAGAGAAAAUGAGAAUGUUCCAGACUUGGAAAUCCCACCCAAAUGGACUGGUUUGUCAGAAAUCCUGGCUGAGAUUCAGAAUGAGAAUGCUGAACUGGAUCCCGACUUUGGGAGAGGAAAAAUCUUAAUUGUAGCUGAAGAUGACCGAACUUGUAGUCAACUGAGGGAGUUUUUAUCAAAAGGUGGAAAGAAUACUCUAGCUUCUCUCUACAACAGAUAUUUGGCUUCAAAAGGCAAAUAUAUGGAAGUUACAUCUCCAAAGAAGAAGAAACAAAAAUUAACAAAAACAAAACCUACCAAAGAAGCAACUUUAGUUGAGUUGACAGAAAUGGAGCCAGAGGAGAUAGCUUCAAGGUUAAACACUGAAGAGGAAUCCAAUGAAGAAGAGAAUUUCAGGUGUUCUUCGCAGGAUGCUUACUAUGGAAUCCUUUCACAACCAGCUGUCAUAAUCCAUCCAAUCCAUGGUGGCUCUGAUUCUCUUGGAUUGCAGCGUACUCUCUGGGAGAUAAACCCACAUUAUGUAAUCCUGUACGAUUCCUGCAUGAAGUUUGUGAGAGAACUGGAGGUCUAUCAUGCUACAAGGCCACAUGUUCCUUUACGGGUCUACUUCUUAAUAUAUAGCAAUUCUGUUGAAGAACAACAGUAUCUAACUACUCUUCGUAAAGAAAAAGAAGCCUUUGAGUUCCUUAUCAAAGAAAAGGCUCUAAUGGUAAUCCCAGAAGAGAGAGAUGGGAAGCUUGAAAAUGAUCCUAACUUGCAUGCAGUUUCUGCACUCCAAGCCCCUACUUCUUCUCGUAAAGGAGGAAUGGAAGUGAAAGCAGAAAAUCACAAGAUCAUUGUUGAUAUGCGUGAAUUUCGCAGUGAACUACCUUCAUUGUUGCAUCGACGAGGUAUUCAUAUAGAACCUAUUACGUUAGAGGUUGGAGAUUACAUUUUGACCCCUGACAUCUGCGUUGAAAGAAAAAGCAUAAGCGAUUUGAUUGGUUCACUCAGUAAUGGACGUCUGUACAACCAGUGUGUUUCCAUGAGCCGACAUUACAAGCGACCGGUUCUUCUUAUAGAGUUUGAUACCAAUAAAUAUUUUUCAUUAAACAAGUACCAGUUGGAUAACGACGUCUCCAUUCGUGACAAUACCUCACGCCUUGCUCUCCUCACUCUUCAUUUUCCAAAUCUCCGAAUACUUUGGUGUCAAAACCCUUAUGCAACAGCUGAAUUGUUUCAUGAAUUAAAGGUUGGAAGGGAACAGCCUUCUGCCUCUGCUGCCGUUGCUGUGAGUGAAACAACAGACUAUAUUGAUAAAUACAACCCAAAACCUCAGGACUUUCUUCUGAAAUUACCCGGAGUCAAUUUGAAAAACUAUCGGCUUAUUAUGAACAAAGUGACGAAUAUUUAUGAAUUGAGUCAGCUGACUGAGGAAGAACUGACGAAGAUUUUGGGCAAUGCUAGCAAUGCACAACAGUUGUUAAGAUUUCUAAGGUCAAAAGCAGAUGGUUUGCAUCAGGUAGGCCUUUUUUCAGCGCCAAGUAAACCAGAGAAAAAACGGCCAUUUAAAAGAAAAUUAUGAAAUAAAUGAAGUUGAAGACAAA